AUGCAAGCUAUGGACGUCGAUCUUCCAUAUCGUAUCACCCCCAUCGCUGAGCUCUCAGGUCACGACGACCGAGUGUGGCAUGUUGCCUGGAACCCGACGAAACCCCUCCUCGCCACCUGCUCAGCCGAUAAAUCCGUCCGACUGUAUUCCUACACACCCUCUCCAACGCCCAUCGACGACUCCCUUCCUGCUUCUUCUGGUUCUUCUACAUACGCUUUCGAUCUUCAUGCAAGACUUUUGACGGAUCAUAAGAAGACUGUAAGAUCUGUUGCGUGGUCUCCGUCCGGGACUACUCUCGCCACAGGGUCAUUCGACUCGACCAUCGGGAUCUGGCAACGAGAGAACGAGGAUAACGAUGGCGACGGUGGUGAAGAUGGUGGUGGUCAGGGAGACGGAGAGGCUGGCUGGGAAUGUAUGGCUUCGUUAGAGGGGCAUGAGACGGAAUGUAAAAGCGUAGGCUUUUCAGCUUCGGGGAAUUUGUUGGCAAGUUGUAGUAGGGACAAGACGGUUUGGGUGUGGGAGGUCCAUCCCGACGCCGAUUUCGAAUGUAUGGGAGUGUUGAUGGAGCAUACGCAAGACGUCAAAUCUAUAGCAUGGCAUCCGAGGGAAGAGAUUCUUGCCUCUGCAUCCUACGACGACACCAUAAAGCUCUACCUCGACGACCCCGAAGAAGACUGGUUCUGCUUCCAAACUCUCGAAGGCCACACCUCCACCGUCUGGUCACUUGCCUGGUCGCCUAACGGGAAAUACCUGGCUAGCGCAUCGGAUGAUUGUACGGUACGGAUAUGGAAGAGAGUAGAUGAGCAUAAGUGGGAAUGUGUGAGCGUAUUGGAGGGACAUGACAGGACUAUUUAUGGGGUAAGUUGGGGUGUAGGUAGUGCGAUUAGGUCGAAGGAAGGGGAGGGAGAGAGGUUAGGGUGGUUGGCGAGUGCGGGAGGGGAUGGAAGGAUCAAUGUUUGGGACCUCGAGGAACCUGUAGAUGCAACACCCAAGUCUGCACCACAUCACAAACUCAUUGCGCGGAUUGAAAGUGCUCACGGCGUAGACGAUGUGAAUACUGUGGUAUGGUGUCCGCGAAAGGGAUACGAGAGCCUGUUAGCUACGGCCGGCGACGAUGGCGUUGCGAAAGUCUGGAAGAUCCAAGGGUUAUAG